AUGGAUAAAGUAUUAGCCGCCAAUGAGGAUGAAAUUGUGAGUCUUCCGGGUCUCUCAGAACCCAUUAAUUUUAAGCAAUAUUCCGGUUAUUUGGAUAUAACUGAAGGCAAACAUCACUUCUAUUGGUUCGUUGAGAGUCAAAAAGAUCCCGAGAACGCACCGGUAGUCCUAUGGCUGAAUGGAGGGCCCGGUUGUAGUUCACUGUUUGGAAACCUGGGAGAGAACGGACCCUUUCGAGUGAAUUCCGACGGGAAGACCCUG